AUGGAUUCAAUGGAACAGGAGCAUGUCGAUUCCGAAUGGGCUGGUAGUGAAGUAGUAAAGGUGUUCCCGAUGUCAAAAAAAUUUACGUUUGAUUUAGCGUGUAGACUGUUUAUGAGUAUUGUUGAUACCGAGCAUGUUACAAGAUUAGCCAAGCAUUUUACUCCUGUUACUUCUAGAAUGUUCUCUGUCCCAAUUGAUUUGCCUGGUACUACUUAUAAUGGUGCUAUUAAGGGAGGAACGUUAGUUCAUAAGGAGCUUAUGAAGAUCAUCACCGACAGGAAAAAGGAAAUGAUGGAGAAUGAAUCAGAAGCAACAGCUCGUGAUUUAUUGUCUCGAAUGCUGCUGGUGACAGAUGAAAAAGGGGAAUGCAUGAGUGAAAUGGAGAUUUCGAACAACAUUAUUGGUUUACUAGUUGCAAGCUAUGAGACCACAAGCACUGAUGUAACCUUGGUGUUGAAGUACCUUGCUGAGCUUCCACAUAUUAUAAUAAGGUGUACGAAGAUAGCGAAAACAAAAGCACCCGGAGAGCUGUUGACGUGGGAAGAUGUUCAGAAGAUUAAAUACUCAUGGAACGUGGCAUGCAAAUCUUUAAGGUUGGCACCACCUAGUCAAGGUGUAUUCUGA